CACAACUCCGCUAUAUGGAUAAAGAGUCGCUCCCAGCUGCACUCAGAGUUUGAUCUCAGACGUUUCUCUCUGCGCGAACACGAAGAUGAAAUCCGCUGAGGAGGAGGCAUACGGCUACACGCCAAAUGUCAGUCUCUCCCUCCCACUGGGCAACCCAUGUCUUCCCUCCCAGUACCACAGCCUCCAGGCCAGCCCCACCAUAUCCGUCUCCAUCACCGAGCCUCACGGUUACGACGACCAGGACGACAUGAGAGCAGCCGGCUACUAUUCAUCCUCCCGCCCGAACGGGGCCCCGACCCUGGAGAGUCCUCGCAUCGAGAUAACCGCCUACGGUCAGUUUCCCGAGGACGAGGUGGAGAAGAGCAACCUACCCGUCGGCAAGCGCGUCAACUCCAUAGUGACGCUGACCCUCCCGAGCGUCGACGGCUACCGUGACCCCAGCUGCCUUAGCCCGGCCAGCAGCAUCUCGUCUCGCAGCUGCCACUCCGACGCCUCCUCCUACGAAUCGAGCUUCUCCUACAACUACGACAACUCGCCCCAGAACUCCCCCUGGCAGUCGCCCUCUGUGUCGCCCAAGGGCUCAACCCUCACCCUGCCGGGAGACGGCUGCACCUCUGCCGUCCCCCGCCACUCCCCCUCCACCUCUCCGCGCACAAGCGUGACAGAAGAUACCUGGAUGGGACAGCGAGGCUCCAGGCCCAACUCCCCAUGCGGUGCGAAGAGGAAGUAUAGCUUCAACGGCAGCGGGGGGCCCCAAAAGCACUAUCCAUACUCGCCCAACCUCUCGCCCGGACUGUCACCGCAGACAUCCCCUCGCCUCAGUAUCACGGAGGAGACCUGGCUGCCGAACACCAACCAGUACACCAACUCGGCCAUCUUGGCGGCCAUCAACGCCCUGACCACAGAUGGGGUGGUUGACCUAGGGGAGGGAAUCCCCAUCAAAGCCCGUAAAACCAGCAUGGAGCACAGCCCCACGAUCAGCCUGAAGUUGGAGCCUGGAGGCGAGGGGCUGAGUCCAGGGGAGCUCUGUCAGGACGACCACCCCUCCAACCGCCUGCCGUUAAAGAAGGAGGGCUACUGUGGCGGUUUCCUGGAUGUGCCACAGCACCCAUACUCCUGGUCCAAGCCAAAGCAGUAUGUCAGCCCAUCCCUUCCUGCUCUCGACUGGCAGCUGCCGUCCACCUCGGGGCCGUACAGCCUGCAGAUUGACGUGCAGCCCAAGUCCCACCACCGAGCCCACUACGAGACAGAGGGUAGCAGGGGAGCGGUGAAGGCUCUGGCGGGAGGACACCCAGUCGUUCAGCUCCACGGCUACAUGGAGAGCGAGCCUCUGACCCUGCAGCUGUUCAUCGGUACGGCUGACGACAGGCUGCUGAGGCCCCACGCCUUCUACCAGGUCCACCGCAUCACCGGGAAGACGGUGUCCACCCCGAGCCACGAGGCCCUGCACAACAACAACACCAAGAUCCUGGAGAUCCCGCUGCUGCCAGAGAACAACAUGCGGGCCAUAAUCGACUGCGCAGGGAUCUUGAAGCUGCGCAACUCUGACAUCGAGCUGAGGAAGGGGGAGACGGACAUCGGGCGCAAGAACACGCGCGUGAGGAUGGUCUUCAGAGUUCACAUCAACCAGGCCACGGGCAGAACGGUGUCCUUGCAGGUUUCAUCCAACCCCAUUGAGUGCUCCCAGAGAUCGGCCCAGGAGCUGCCGCUGGUGGACAAGCGGAGUUUGGAGACGUGUCCUGCGCACGGUGGGGAGAGGAUGCUCAUCGACGGACACAACUUCCAGCACGACUCCAAGGUGGUGUUUGUGGAAAAGGCUCAAGAUGGUCACCACCUCUGGGAGACUGAAGCCAAGGUUGAUAGAGACGCCUCAAAGCCUAAUUCACUACUCGUUGAAAUCCCUCCCUAUCGGAGCCAAAGACUCUCCACUCCGGUCCACGUGAACUUCUACGUCUGCAAUGGCAAGAGGAAAAGAAGCCAGUACCAGCGCUUCACCUACGUCCCUGCCAGUGCACCGACGAUAAAGACGGAGCCACGCGACGACUUCGACGCCCCUCUGGUGUGCAGCCAGCGCGGCCUGUCCUUGCACCCAAAGCCAUACUUCCCCCCUCAGGUCAUGACCCCGAUGAUGACCUCUGACAUCAGGCCGUGCGUGGUGGGCGGGCCUUUCCCUGUCGGUUUGGCAGCCAAGUCCUCCCCGCUGCCCGCCUCCUCCUCUCCGAGCACCAGCCCCAAACUGCACGACCUGUCGCCGCCCCCGCCGCCGCCCUUCCCCAAGUGCCUCUCCACCGGCCCGCAAGUCCAACACCCGGGCCAACAGUCCCCGAUCUCUCACGUCUCCAUCAUCCAGGAGACGCCCGGGCGCUACCAGCCGCCUAGCUUCUACCCACCCAGCAGCUCCUCCUCCUCCUCCUCCUCCUCCUCCUCCUCCCUCCCCCCGACCUCGCAGCCCUCCACGCCAACCGACGUCUGCGUGACACCAGGGCAGCCGGGCAGUGGCAGCACCAGUCCAGGAGCUCAGCAGCACCCCAAGGGGCCACCAAGGGGGCGGGGUUCUCUUCAGGAGGACGGCAGCCCGCCGGGGCUGGCUGUCAGCAUCAAACAAGAACCGCAGGAGCUGGACCAGAUGUACCUCGAUGAUGUCAAUGAGAUCAUCAGGAACGACCUGUCGAGCAUCUCCGUCCACAGCCACGCGUAGUUUCCUGUUUCACGACAAGCUGACACGGGAAACCAAAAAAAACAGAAAGGGAAACACCAAACAAAAGAUUUGACGUUGUGCUUUUCAUGCUUGGACUACAGCGUGCAGGAAGCAGCAAAAAAGGAAAUGCAAAGAGAACAAAUGUAAAUGUAUUGUCCAGAUGACCCAGGGUCCAACGUGUGCCUUGUUUUUUUCAUAUAUAAUGCCUUUACACAGAAAUGAUCCAAGGAAUGAAUCUCAUGAGUGACUUUUUAUUUUUAUUUUUAAACGUGUAACUUGAGUAUGUAGCAUCCAAACCUGCCACCCCCAGCCUCCACAACAACGUACGCUUUUAGAGGACCAAAACAUGUUUUUAUAUUUCCAUUUUUUUGCUGCAGUUUGUAAAUGAUUCAGUGCCUUUCAGUUAUGUAAUUUGUAUAUACAGCAUCUGUAGUGCUUCAGUUUGCAUAUCUGGCUUUACAGAGAGACAAUUUCAAAAGAGAAGUGCCUUUUUGAAUGGAAACAGAAAAGCAUGGCCCGAGUUUGGCUUCAUGUGCUCUACAUCAAAAGAUUUUACAUAGCAAGAUAAUGUAACAUUUUCUAAAUGGUGGCAACAAAUGGUAAUAAUGGGAUAAUGUUACAUGCCAAAAGACGGUGUAACAGUAGCACAAUUGGAAAUUGUCAGUAGCCACCAGAAGCUACUUGUCAUUCCAGACCAAGUGAGGCUGAAGCAUCAAAACCCCUGAGUGAAUAGCAUUGAUCAAAGUUUUUUUACAACAGUUGCAUAGUCUCACUUUUAACCAUAUUCCGUUAGCAUUUGUUGGGGCAAAUUAGGAUUAUUAGAAUUGAAUACGUUUUCUGUAUUCGCAGCCAACAAUAAGCACUUUUACACUAAACUUGUGGUGAUACUUUUAGUUUAUUCCAUUUAGGCGUCAUGUUACUGUCACCUAAAGUAACAACAGCAAUGGCAAAUUUUUCACAUGAUUCAAAGUUGUCGUUAUGCACUCGUACAGCGCACAAAACUUCGGAACCCAGAGAGGAAAGUGAGAAAAUCAUUUUUCUAUUGUUGUAAUACUUAUUUCCGGAGAGGAUGUAGUGCACCAAUACACCAUGUUCUAAUUAGGGCUAAAAGCAAUCAUGUUCUCUUCUAGGGGAGUUUUGAUUUAUCCAUGCACUCUAAACACAAGGUACAUAUACAUAGUGUGUUAGCAAGUUAUGGAAACUAAAAAGUCAUGGUGGAGAAAACAUACAUUUUAGUACUGUUUAGCGUGCAGGGUAGUGGUGCUCUUUAGCCUCUUGUGGUCGUAAUGAAUAUUACAACAACAAACACUUAAUCCAAAAUAUACCUGAAGAUAACAAUAUUCCUUCAGCAAAACUUUUUACCUGCUCUUAAUUCAUAAAUGCAGGAGAGAAAACUGUUUAGACCAGACUAUGGAAAUGGAUCACCAGAAUUAGAAGAAGAAAAGCUAGCCUGGAAGCUAUGCAACAUGCCGGUAGUCUCUCAAAGAAUGCAACCGAGAAGGCCUGUAACCCGAUGAAUACUUAAUAACAGCAAUACAAAUAUAUAAAUUCUUUAACAUUUUUUUUGUAUUUUCAUAUUUAUUCUCCUAGCAUGUGCUCUGUUAUCCACGUUCAUCAUACAGCCUAUUUUACAUGGUUACCUGCAUACUGGGGUUUAUCUACUCAUUAGUUUGCUCUCUUAUAGUGAAACUGAAUGGGCUUACACACUUUUGCUCCCAGGUUUUAUAUGUAUUUAUGAGUCUUAAUCCUUGUAACUGAAGCCAUACUGGAAUGUUUA